CGCGGGGGAUCAUGGCGCGCUUGUGUAGUGACGUCAUAUCACGCGCGGGGGAUCAUGGCGCGCUUAUGUAGUGACGUCAUGUCACGCGCGUGGCGGGUCGUGGCGCGCUUUGAAAUGAGUUGGCGGUAACUACUGUACGCGUACAGUGCCUUCGUUUGUCACUCCACUGCUGGAUGAGGCAGCGUCGGGUGUGGGUCGCGCUUCUCAUAAACAGCGACCAAGUGAGACUCGUAAAGGCGCAUUGCGAACCCGCCGCUAACGCACCGUUGCACAGAAGGCGCAGCGCUUGUUGCUAUGCAGUACUGUACUGUUACUGUACUGCAUAGCAACAGUGAUUGUGUCUCUUACCCCGAUGACACUUUUGGUUUAUGCGCUGUUCUGUGAGAAAGUUGUUCUAGAGGCAGCAGUGUUUGCUUUCAUUCAUUGUCUGCACGAACUUUGUCGAUUCACUGUUGGAUGCCAGGGCCCUUCCUUUGACCAUACUUCACCACGCUGGUCACUACGCGCUGGUGUCACGCGCGCCCCGUGGUGUGUGACCGGCUCGGAUGGACGCCGCUCGUCACUGACCCGACGGCCGUGGCCAAAGACUCCAAACGCGCCGUCUCGCCGGCUUCGUAAGCUUCGUGCGGCGGAUCCACAUCUCAGCCUGCGAAUUUCUCAGGGCUGCCUCUGGCCCCGCAACUCAAGAGGGCAAUGUCGGUGGUCGCCCUACAGCUGGGCCAGUGCGGGAACCAGCUGGGGAGCACGUGGUUCGAGGCACUGAUUCAUGACGUGCGCCCCGCUCCGGGGCCGCCGAGAACCGACGAUGCGUGCUACCGGGAGGCGGCGUUGGAGCGAUACUUCCACAGCCCAGCCGGAUCCGGGCUCCCCGAGGCACGGGCCGUGCUGGUGGACAUGGAGAGGAAGGUGGUGGCACGCAGUGUGGCCAUGGCGGCCCGUUCGGGAGAGUGGCGCUACGCCGAUGGGGCAGCCGUUUGCCGGACCAGCGGCUCCGCCAACAACUGGGCGUACGGCUUUGCAGGGCCGGGCGAGCACUGCCUGUCGGAGGCAAUGGAGAGCGUGCGGGCGCAGGUGGAGCGCUGUGACCGCCUCUCGGGCUUCCUGGCGAUGAUGAGCGUCGCGGGCGGCACGGGUUCGGGCCUGGGCACGAGGCUGUGCAUUCGGCUGCGCGACGCCUACCCCAAGGCCGGCCUCCUCAACCACCUCACCUGGCCGUACAGCACCGGGGAGGUGAUUGUGCAGAACUACAACGCGGUGCUGACUCUGGCCCACCUGCACGGCUGCUCGGACGCGCUGCUCGUGCAGCAGAACGACCGCACGCACCGCGUCUGCGCGCAGCUCCUGCGCCGGCCGGCCGUCUCCUUCUCGCACCUCAACGCGGUGGUGGCCGCUCAGCUGGCGGGUGCCCUGCUGCCCGCCCGCGUCCGCCGGGACCCUCCCGCCGGUGGGCCCGCGGCCGGCGCCUACCUCCACGACCAGCUCGGCGAGCUGCUUCAGGCGUUGGUGCCGCACCCGGAGCUGAAGCUGCUGUCCCUGCACGCGGUUCCCCAGCUGCCCGAGUCCUCGCGAGACUUCACGCGCUACGACUGGAAGGGCCUUCUCCAGGAGCUGCACAGAGAGACCCAGAGCCCUGCCCCGCCUCCGACCUCUCUUGCCCGUCUGCUGGUGCUGAGAGGGCCAGAUGCACACGCUACGCCGCUUGGCGAGCUGGCGGCAGGCGGCUCGCUGUGCCGCUGGGUGCCACCCGAGGCGGCCCUGGCGGUGUGGAGCGAGCGGCGCGCGCCCACCGGCUACGGCAAGUCGGCCACGCUGCUCGCCAACGACACGGCCGUGAUCUCCCCCGUCGAGCACGCCGUCUCCAAGGCCUGGCGUAUGUUCGUGUCCAGGGCGUACGUCCACCAGUACACGCACCACGGCGUGUCGGAGGAGGACUUCCUCGACAGCUUCACACUGCUGGAGCAGGUCAUAGCCAGCUACCGGCAGCUGUAGCUGGGACGCGGCUGAGUCACCGGCAGCUGCAGCUGGGACGUGUCCGUCAUGGCGGGGGGGAGCAGAGGGGCUGAGCCGUCGACACGGUGGAUCUCAUCGACGGCGCUUCCGACGAUGAGAGUGAAGUCUGAUCUGCGAUCCACGUGUACCGGUCGCAGGCGUCGCACACAAGCGGAAAAAUCCGCCAGUGCGCUGUCGCCUGCCCCCCCCCCGCCCCCCCUCGCUCCCUCCCGGUGUUUUGCCGGCUCGGCGCGAUGCUCUUCGAACCCGAACCUCGUUGCUCAAUUCAUGAACCAAGGGGUGGUUCGACUCCCACUGGGCCGUGCAAAUGCGGCAGUCUUAGAAAUUUCCGUCGAACUCUGUUGAGAGUUUAAUGCUGCCCUUCCCCCGCAUCUACGAUUAGCACAGUUGGCUAUGUAAGGUGCGAAAGAAGUUCAACGUACAUCCAAACACCAUGCAUUCGUUUGUAUAGCUCUGAAACUCGAGCAUUCCACUGAACCUCUUCCCACACGUUGCCGAACCUGGCCACGUUGGCUAGAUGUUAACUACCUCGCCCGCUAUACAGGAGGUCGUGGGUUCGAUCGUGACCCUGACACCUUUAUAUUUGGAGUUUGAAUUCUCUCUUCCC